AUGCCUCAACCACAGCAAAACCAAUUUGCUGAAGAUGAUUCAGACUUCGAAAGCAAUUCACACGCCAACGAGGACUCGACCGAUUCUGACUCCACUGACUCGGAUGAAGAUCUCGUGGAGAUACGCGCUGCUAUUGCGCCUGCUAGAGAUGGUGCAACUAUUCAGGAAGUCCGACAGGCGCUUGAAAUGGCACAGAAUCUGCUGCUGAAUAUGCAUGGCAAAUGUCGAGAACUAUUGAAACGAAACGCCCUUCUCGAAGCUACUACAGCCAAAGGACGACGGGGGAAAAACUUGACUGCCAAGGAUCUUGCACUCUCUGCCAAAGAAGACACUAUACGCGAGCAUUGGCUGUCGCCACAGUCAAUAGAGGACGGCGUAAAGGCUGAGUUAUUCAAGUUCAUCCCAGAAAUUGAUCAUGAGUUGAUGGGCUACAAGAACUUUGCACCGCAUUUUGCAAAGGGUGUCAGCGGCAUUCGCUCAGAGAUGGUUUCAGACGUCAAGUCUUGCGCAGGUGCUAUUUUCGGAUUGAAAUCUGAAUUUUUUUUUGCGCCGGUACUCUUUCUUCAUCCAGAGCGUCCCAACAAAGACGAGUUCCUCAAAACGGCUAAGCUUGUUCGGGUCUUAAAGGUAGCACUUUUCGGGAAAUCCUCCCUCUCCGCCACCUACGCUCUAGCCCCGAAGACCAAGGGCAAACUUUGGCAAUUACGGAAUACGACUCCAGGUAUGAUUGCUGCUGCUGCUGUUGUUGCAAUAUUUGUUCUUUCAGGUGACAAGGAUCUGUAUGCGAAAGGCGAAAAAAGCAACAUACUGUACCAACAAUAUCACAACUAUUAUCGCCAACGUCUAAUGACUGGAGGUGCCUGGGCGCGAGACAUCACAAACUUUUUCAACAACGCCCUCUUUCCUGAAACCUCAUCCUCACACGCCGCUCUGGAUGUGGCAGAUACCGGCACCUCCUACAACAGCUGGGAAGAGGAACUCGAGCGCGCUAUGGAAGAGGGAGGUGAAGGGCCUGCUUUUCCAUUUGAUACUGCCAUCAUUGCACCUCAGGAUAUUGCGCAAUCUUCCUCUGCUGCGUACCCACCAUCUGCCUCUGCUGCGCACCCGCCAUCUGCCUUGGUCGCAUGCCCAUCUGCCUCGGUCGCACUACCAGCAUCUACUCCUGUCACCACCCCUGACACACUGCCACCUGUCUCUGCGACAGCUCCCGUCAUCUUGCACUCGCCUACUCCUAUCAUUGGGGCACAAACUCACUCCAUUUCUUCGGCAAUGCAAGAUCUUGCGUUGGCAGACGAGGCUAUUGCAGUUGGUGCUAUCCCUCCAAAGCCCAAACCAAAGCCAAGGCGUACUAAAGCCAAGGCGGUCCAGGACGAAACAGGUGCUGAGGUCCGUAGGUCUGGCCGCAAGAAAUGA